GGGUCGAAGCAAGGAACUUCGUAGUAAUGGCGAGUUCUUUGGAAGGUAGUGCUUGCCAAAAUGCAAGCAGGCCGCUACUAAAAGGCAAAUUGUCGUCCGAUGAAAAGACAGAUAUGGAGCAUGUAAAGAAGAAAAGAAAACACAGUCACGAUUUGCAGCAUGUGAAGCAUGAACGACCAGAAAAUCAAGGACAAAAUGGAGAUCGCUGGAACAUAACGACAAACAACGGUUCCCGCUCACCGUCUCCAAACAAACAUGGCAAUGGCCUUAAGACCAAGCUAAAAAAGAUCAAAAUAGAAGAACACAACAUGGCUGCAGAUUUGUCCUCACCAAAGGUUAUCUCUCACAGUGAUUUAAAAUUAAAGAUAAAGAAGAAUGCAGGUGUAGAAAACMGCAGUACUGAACUCAAAUCAGAGUUACCUCUUCACAAAUCACUUGGAGUGAAUGGUGACACUAAAAAGAAAAAACACAAGAAACAUCAUCAUCGACACGAAGAGAAGCAUUUCCACAACAUAGACCACUACAUCUUAGAUAAUCCCAAGGAGAAGACAAGACUUUCUCAUUUAAUUCAUAUAGAAGAAGAUCCUAAUGGCGGGGCUACUGUUAUGCAUGUUUAUCAAGAAGAAAUUGCMAACUUAAGUGCUGAAAAAAUGGAGAAAUUUGUCAAGUUGUUUUUCAGAGAAGCRUAUAGUGAAGACAAUCAGGGUCAACCAAAGCAUGUUAUGAGCAUAGUUCAUGGAGCAGCCACUUAUAUCCCUGAACUUACUGAAUACUUUGGAACAAAACACCCUAACAUGACAAUAAAAACWUCACCAAUUGGUAAAAAACUUGACAUUGAAACCAUCAAAAUGGGAGACUAUUUAAACAGAGURCAGGCUACGUACAGUUCUGGAACUCUAAGGUGCGGACCGUUAUUACAGUUCAGUGUAGUGGGUACAGUACAAGAGGAAACUGGAGCAUAUUUUCCUGAUUUUCUGGACUUGUUAGAACAGUGUCCUUUUCUUAAUGAGACAAUGCCUUGGGGAAGACUUUCAAUUGUUAACCUUGAAGAAAGGAACAAAAGUAAUGACGGACCCAUUGUGUGGGUAAGACCAGGUGAACAAUACAUCCCUACUGCAGAUUUAUCAAGUUCUCCCAACAAAAGAAGAAGGGCCACUGUAAAUGAACUUCAGAACCUACAAUACUUACCAAGGACAUCUGAACGACGAGAGACUUUGAUUGAAGACAGGACAAAGUGUCAUGCAGAUCAUGUUGGGCAAGGGUUUGACAGACAGACCACGGCUGCUGUGGGAAUCAUCAAAGGUGUACAUACACAAAAGCAAAGGAGUGAAAUCAACAGGUAUUGUAAAGAUGUUAUAUGUUUUCAUCCCUCAAACUUCAUGGAACUUGUUCAGAAGUUACAGAUUGACCUCCAUGAACCCCCAGUAUCACAGUGUGUAUCCUGGGUUGAUGAUGCAAAACUUAACCAGUUAAGACGUGAAGGYGUUCAGUAUGCUCACUUUAACUUAAGAGACAAUGACAUCUACUUCAUCCCUCGGAAUAUCAUUCAUCAAUUUAGGACAAUAUCAGCAUCGGCAAGUAUAGCUUGGCAUUUAAGACACAAGCUUUACUAUCCUGAAUCAAAUAACCAAAAUAAUCAACAGCAUUCAUAAAGUUUAU